CCGUCUCAGGAGCAAAUUGAUCUGAUACGGGUCAGCUGGGAAAAGGUAUCCAAACUGAAACAUGACACAGACGACCCCACACUCUCGCCUGCCAAUGCUUUUGGCCGGGAAUUCUUCAAUGCUCUCUACGACAUGGAUAUAGAAUGCAAAGGAGCGUUUGGUAAUGCGUUCCAGCAGGCACGGGCAUUGUCAGGGAUGAUCAUGUAUAUUGUCAGAGCACCGUCGCUCUCCAUGUCCACAAAAAAAUAUUCUGUUCAACCACGCAACACUAUCGCCAGCAGCCCCAUCGACUACAAAGAAAUGGAUCCCGCACAACUCAUCCUUCUAAUGAAAGACACAGGCGCUAGGCAUUACUUUUAUCCACAUGUUAAACCGCACUUUUUCGACCUUGUAGGGCCCGCUUUUGUCAUUGCUCUAAAGAAACGCUUAAAGGAGGAAUAUACAGAAGCGAUGGGCGAAGCUUGGGUUGAGGCCAAUGCCUACAUAGCUUAUUACCUGAAAAUAGGGUUCAAUACUCAGCAGGCCUGGGAAGAA